AUGAAGAGUUUCACUGCCGUCGCUGCCGCUGUGGCAAGCGCUGCUUUCUUUCUCAAGGGUGCUUAUGCUGAUGUAGACCCUAUUGUCAUUAAAGGCUCCAAGUUCUUCUAUCAAACAAAUGGAACCCAAUUUUUCAUCAAAGGAAUUGCAUACCAACAGGAAUACUCGGGCAAUGGGACAGGAUCUACUUCGGGCUCCAGCUAUGUUGAUCCUCUUGCGGACAGCACCUCGUGCAAGAGGGAUAUCCCAUACCUUCAGCAAUUGGGCACCAACACCAUCCGUGUUUAUGCCCUGGACCCCACAAAAAGCCAUGACGAAUGUAUGUCUAUGCUAGCGGAUGCUGGUAUCUAUGUCAUUGCCGACCUGUCGUCUCCCAGCCAGUCCAUCGUCCGCGAUGACCCGACGUGGAACGACGACCUCUAUGACCGGUACACCUCUGUCAUCGAUGCUAUGGCAAACUACACAAACACGCUGGGUUUCUUUGCAGGCAAUGAAGUCUCCAACAACGCGACCAACACGGAUGCGAGUGCGUUUGUGAAGGCUGCUGUCCGUGACAUGAAAGCCUACAUCAAACGCCAGGACUAUCGCACCAUCGGUGUCGGCUAUGCCACCAACGACGACGCAGACAUCCGUGUGGACUUGGCCGACUACUUCGACUGCGGUGACAGCGCAGAUGCCAUUGACUUCUGGGGCUACAACAUCUACUCUUGGUGUGGAGACUCCAACUAUCAGCAGUCCGGAUACGCCGAUCGCACAAAAGAGUUUGCAACCUACAAUGUGCCUGUAUUCUUUGCCGAGUAUGGAUGUAACGAGGUUCAACCUCGGGAAUUUACCGAAGUGCAAGCUUUGUACGGAGACAACAUGACAAGCGUCUGGUCGGGUGGUAUCGUCUACAUGUAUUUCCAAGAAGCAAAUGAUUAUGGUCUUGUCAGUGUGAGUGGCAACUCCGUCAGCACGUUGACCGAUUUCGAGAACUUGUCUUCGCAAAUCGCUAAGGUCACGCCAACUGGAGUGAAGUCCAGCGACUACACACCCACCAACACCAAACCUGCUGCUUGUCCCACGGUAGAUGCGGACUGGAAAGCAUCCUCCAACCUGCCCCCCACACCAAACAAGGAGCUGUGCGAAUGCAUGUACAAUGCUUUGACUUGCGUGCCUAAGGACCUUGACGAUGAUGAAGUGGGUGAUCUCUUCGGCAUUGUCUGUGGUUUGGGCUCCGGGACUUGCGACGGUAUUACCGCCAAUGGAACGACCGGCAAGUACGGCGCGUAUGGCAUGUGCAAUUCUCAGCAACAGCUCGGCUGGGCCCUCAACAACUACUACGAGCAGCAGGUCAAAGCUGGCAAUGGUGCUUCUGCCUGUGACUUCUCCGGAUCGGCCACGACGCAGUCCCCGACCAGCCCGUCUGGAUCAUGCGCCACUCUGAUCAGCCAGGCUGGUAGUGCAGGCACUGGCACCAUCACCUCCCAGCCCAGUGGCACGGGUAGCUCUGGUUCUUCGUCCGGAAGCAGCAGCAGCACCAAGAGCCACAAUGCAGCUGCUGCCGGCUUCUCCGCCCCCAGCUACAUCGGCACCCUGCAGAUUGCUUUGUAUGUUUCAAUGGCUUUUAUCUCUGGUGCGGGCAUGAUCCUGUUGUAG